AUGUGGGAGCAGGUCAGGAGAGCUUUGCUGGACUCGCUGUCCACGUCCUGCCUGCGGCUCUGGAAGUGGGCACGGGCUUUCUGGCAGAGAAAUGGCCUCCUGACGCUUUCCAUGCUGUCGGUUGUCACCGGCUGCCUGCUGGGCUUCCUGCUGCGAGCACUGGAGCUGACAGAGCUGGAGAAGCAGUAUUUCUCCUUUCCUGGAGAGCUCCUUAUGAGGAUGUUGAAGAUGCUGAUCCUACCCUUGAUCACCUCCAGCCUCAUGUCCGGGCUGGCCACCAUGGACACCAAGGCCUGUGGGAAGAUGGGGGUUCUCACCAUCACCUACUACCUCUGGACAACCUUCAUGGCAGUGACCGUGGGCAUCAUCCUCGUGGUCAGCAUCCACCCGGGCGCAGCUGCCCAGAAGGACAAGUACUCGGUGGGGACUGCGGUGCUGAGCUCUGCGGAUGCGCUGCUGGAUUUGAUCAGAAAUAUGUUUCCCUCUAACCUCGUUGAAGCUUCAUUCCAGCAGUAUCGAACAGUCCUGGUCCCGGUGGUGAAGUCUCCUGGCAUCCCAAAUGUCCCAGGGAAAACUCUCAGUUUUAUCUACUUUGCACCUGACGAUGAGAACCCUGAAAUCCAUCGGCCUGUGUUCCUGGAGCUGACACCAUCUCCUGAGGUGACCUACAGGACCCUGCCUGGGACCAGCAACGAGAUGAACGUCCUGGGAAUCGUCAUCUUCUCAGCGACAAUCGGACUGCUCCUGGGAAGAAUGGGCGAGCGGGGAGCGCCGCUGGUGAACGUGUGCCAGUGCCUGAAUGAGGCUGUUAUGAAGAUUGUCUCCAUGGCAGUUUGGUACUUCCCCUUCGGCAUCGUGUUUCUCAUUGCUGGAAAGAUCCUGGAGAUGGAAGACCCAUCAGUUAUAGGCCAGAGGCUGGGGCUUUAUGUCAUUACAGUGGUGUCAGGACUGGCCAUCCAUGGAAUCAUUAUCUUACCUCUGCUUUUUGUGCUCAUCACCAAGAAAAACCCCUUUGCUUUCAUCCAGGGGAUGCUGCAGGCUCUGCUCAUCGCCUUAGCUACCUCCUCCAGCUCUGCAACCUUGCCCAUCACCCUGAAGUGUCUCCUGGAGAACAAUGGGAUAGACCGACGCGUGGCACGGUUCGUCCUCCCCGUCGGUGCCACCAUCAACAUGGAUGGCACCGCACUCUAUGAAGCGGUCGCUGCAAUCUUUAUUGCCCAGGUCAAUGAAUAUGACUUGGAUUUGGGACAAAUUAUAACCAUCAGCAUCACAGCUACAGCAGCCAGCAUAGGGGCAGCCGGGAUCCCCCAGUCCGGACUUGUCACCAUGGUCAUCGUGCUCACUUCUGUUGGGCUGCCCACAGACGACAUCACCCUCAUCAUCGCCGUGGACUGGGCUCUGGACCGAUUCCGGACGAUGACCAAUGUCCUUGGUGAUGCUCUGGCUGCUGGGAUCAUAGCACACGUCUGUGAGAAGGACUUCACUCCAAAGGCUCCUGUGCAAGAUGCAGGAAGCAGCACAACCAAACUCCCUUCUGGGGAGGCCUCACACCCACAGCCCAAAGACAACGUGAUCGAAGUGAUGGAAGAAAGCUUGUUUGGUCAGACAGGAGUUCAUUAUAACAUCUGCCAGGUGUAGACAGCAGCAUUCCUGCGCCUGGGAACAGGAUCCUGCUGCUAACCACAGACCCUGUGUGGAUGCUCUGCAAGACAAAGGCCUUACUUGGCACAACAAGUGGGAAAAGACUUCUCUGUUCUUUGAAGACCACAGGACUCAGCAGCAGCACCUGCAGAGCAAACCCUGCAC